GAUAGCUGGAGCAAGAUUAUUGUCUGUCCAGGAUAGUACUUGGAUUUUUAUGUUAAUUUAUCGUUAAUUUGGAUCUUACCCAUAGAUGCCAUCAGACAUCAGUAGCUUGAGUUUCUUGAAUAGUGUGGCUUGUGAAAGACUAACUGGAGACCAUGAAACUGGAGGUACCUGAAAAGUUUGAAGAUGUUGUGAUUGAAUUUUCAAGUGAGGAGUGGAAAAUGCUGAGUAAGGAAGAAAGAGCACUCUACAGGGAAGUGAUGAUGCAGAACUUUGAGAACAUGGUUUCACUGGGGUACAAAAUACCAGUGGAGCAGCUUUGUUUACUUAUUGAGAAAGACGAGGCUUUUCCAGCUGGUGAUACAGUAGGAGGUGGGGUGGUACAGAAAAUGGUGAUUUCUGAUGGCAUUCAUGACAGUAAGUAUCUGCUUAAUCCUUACCUCUGGAGUUCUCCCACUUGUGACAAACAGAAAGUUAAGAAGUUAGAAGGAGGACAUACAAAGUCAUUAAACCAGUUAACAAAAACCUGCAUAAAGCACAUCUUGAUUCAGUUGCUUUAAACA